GGCGCUACUAUUACCUAUACACUAAAACAUUAACGAGCCGCAGAGCCGAGCGGACGGUCCCGGGUGCGGAGGAGUACGCGCGGCUGCGACAAAGAAUCAUAAGACAAUGGAUCAACGGGUGGUUUACCAAGUGAAAGAGGGCAAGCGCUUCUAUCACAAUUCGCCGGCGCUCCAGCUCGGUCUCAUCACCAUCGCCGUCUGGUACUUCUAUCACACGACCAACUUUCACUAUGGCCUGCUGUUCACGGGCUCGCAGAGCAACGACACCCAGGUGGUCAAGAACGAGGCGCACAACUUCUAUCACUACUCGGCGACCUACGUGCUGGCGCUGCCGAUCGCCGCCGCGCUGGCCACCACCUACCAGUCGGCCAAGUCCAUGCUGAACUUCGCGAUGGGCUGCAACGUACUCAUGCAUCUCGCCUGGAUCGUGUGCGACGCCAAGGAGCUCGACGAGAAGUUCCCCGCCGAUCGGGCCUACUUCUGGCGGGCGCUGUGGCACACGCUCUUCGGCGUGUUCACGGCCCCGGUGCUGCCCUGCGUCUAUCAGCUGCUGGGGCGCUCGGUGCCCCAGAAUUAUCGCGCCAGCGUGGGCUCGCUGGUUCUGAACGUACGCUGGCUGGGUAUGCUCACGGCCUUCUUCGUCGUCUUCAUGGACGAGACCGUGGGGCCGGCCUACAGCGUGUACGCCUACAACGGCAUCUACGGCUUCGUCGCGGCCUGGCUGGCGCUGUACUGGCUGCUCGGUGCCGACUACGAGGUCGAGAUCGUCGAGCCCCGCAGCCAGCCCCUGACGACGAUGGGCCCGCGUGUGCCGUGGCGCGCCAUGCUCACCUCGACGCCCGUCAUCGCCCUCAUCAUGUCGCACUCGGCCUACUACUUCACCCACAUGCUCGGCCUGCACUCCAAGGAGCUCAUAGUGCUGGGCACGGGCCAGGGUACGGGCAGCUCGAGGCCCACCGUGACCGUGCUCUGGUCGCUGCUCAUCGGCACCAGCUCGGGCGCCCUGUCCGACGUCCUCGUCGAGCUCGGCUUCCUCACGACGUCGCGGGCGCGCAAGCUGUUCAAUUUCGUGGGCACGUGCGUGCCCAUGGCCGUCGCCGGCAUCUACUUCAAGAUCAUGCAGUACCAGGGCGAGACGUCUUACGACGCGAGCUGGCAGUAUCUGUCGGUGAUCGUCGCGGCCCUGUCGAGCCUGCAGACCAGCGGCUUCCUCAUCAAUCACAUGGAUCUGAGCCCGUACUUCGCGGGCGUUCUCAUAGCCGUGACCGAGGCCGCCAAUCACAUCAUGACCGUGUUCACGAUAAUCGCGAUGUCUCACUGGGACGUCAACGUUUUCAAAGAUUACAUCAGUUUAUGGCUGAACGACGAAGGACUAUUGAAUUGGAUUUUCCUUGGACUUUUCUGUUUCUGGAGCAGUGCCAUAUUCAUGUUUUUCGGCCAAACGAGCAUACAGAAGUGGAGUCCCGUUCCAAUGUCGUUUUAUCGCAAUAUCAAUAAAUUAAGAACGGAUUUGUAAAUAAAUAAAAUCAUGGUCUCUUGAC